GGAAGGGUGGUGAUGGCAAAUUGCGACCACGCAUGCAAUCAAGCGAACGAUCGAAAUGUCCAGCACUUGAUAUAAAGAUCUAUCCAGUUUUGGGUUCUACUCCCGGGAGUCUCUCGGAGAGAGCUUUGAUUUACCCUAAAAAAUCUGGAUAG